UAUAACAAAACCUAUAUAAUAUAAUCCACAAACAAAGCUUUUAUACCUUGAAAACACCUUAAAAACAAUUAAACAACUUGAAAACAACUUGAAGACACUCCAAUUCUUUAAUCCUUUAACCCUUUAAUUAUCUAAUUAUCUAUAAUAUAUUCCUUUAUAAUGCCUUCAAAACACAGACAACUCGAAUCUCCUCAUCCUACGCAGAAUAGAAUAAAGCGUCAAAACACCUCUCCCAACAACAGCUCAAUAAUCACUCUAUCUCAACAAGAUGAUUCAUCCUCUUUUUCCUUAAGUAUAUCCGAAACUUGGGCAUAUACUGCUUCUUUCGCCCUAUCUCUAAAUGAAUUUAAAAUAGCAAUAUCUUCUUGUGAAAGAGCCUUGGAACAUAAUCCCGCCAACGGUAAAGCCAUCUGUACUCUAGCUACUUCCUAUCGUUUAAAUCCCUCCAUAAAUAGCAAAACUUCUGACUGCUCAAAGGUAUUAACUCUCAUGAAAAAUGCUAUAAGCCAAUAUCCAACCCUAUCAAAUGAUUCAAAUUUACUUGUAGAAUUAGCAAGAUGUUACCUCAUAUCUGAUGACCCGACAGAAGCAAAUAACGUCCUACAAAAGGCCCUGCUAAUUUGCGAUACUGAUCCCGAAAUCUUCUUCUUAAAGGGCAAAGUCUUUAUAAGCAUGGGCUCAAAAUCAGAGGCUUUAGAAGCCUUUGGAACUUGUUUAUCUCUUUUUCCAUCUGAUUACAGAUAUGAUUCAAAUUCUGUUUUUCUAGCAAACUCUUGCCAUAGCGAAUUAGCCAAUAUUUAUGCCUCUGAAGGAAACACCAACACAGCUAUAGAAGAACUAAACAAAAUGAUAAUAAAUCCAACAACUGAAAUCGAAUUAUACAACCUAAUAGAUCUUUGGUGUGCAUUAUCUGUUGCCAAACAUCGCUCUGAUGAUUCAACUGGCGCUUUAAACACAAUCCACAACGCUAGAAGUAUCUUGGGCUUUUCCUCAGAGGCAAACUAUCGUUUUGAUUUAAUUGAAUCCUUUUUAUUAUUAAACAGCGCUGAGUUUUUUAAUCCUCGAAAAGUCAUUGAUCUAUUAUCUCCUUAUAUCUUGCCAGAAUAUAACUCGAGUGAAAUAUAUUCUGCUGACUUCCUACCCUUUUACUUUGUUGGUCAUGCUCAUUUCAUGACUGAAAAUGUUUCAAUGGCUUAUUCGAUGUUCCAAACUGUUCUAACAAAAUGUACAACCUCACCAUUGCCUUGGUUAGCAAUGGGUACUGUCUAUCUAAAAAUUGGUCAGUUAAAGGAUUCUUUAUACGCCUUUUCGCAAGCUGCAAAAUUAGAAGACAUUAUCAAUCCAUUGGCCUCUGCCGACGCUCUUUCCAAUGCCUGGCAAGGUUUAUCUGCAGUUUAUGAAAGAUGUGAUGAUCAAACUCAAGAUGCUGCAGAUGCUUGUGAUAGAGCUGCUUUUAAUGCUAAAAGAGCUGGCGAAACAGAAAUGGCAAGCUUCCUUGAAAAAAGGGCCCAAGCUUUACACGCUGCUACUAGAAAACAAGGCCCCCCUCCUGAACCUAGCAAUCCUCCCGGUAUUCCAGUUAUAAUGGUAAGAGAGUUGACUAUACUUUCAUUUCAAGAUAGAGUUGCCUUAGCCACAAGAGAAAGAUCUGACCCUAAACCAAUUUCAAGAUUCACCUCAGAUAGUCAAAUUUUACAAUACCCUGCUCCUCCACAAAUGCCUUUAUUACAACAACAACAGCAACAACAACAACUUCAAUCACAACCUCAACCUCAACCUCAACCUUUACCCCUUCAAGAACCUUUACAACCACAACCACAACCACAACCACAACCUCAACCUCAACAGCCUCAACAACAACCACAACAACCACCACACCUUCAAAUUCAACCUAUUCAACAAAUGGCACAAAACUCUCCUACACAGCAAACUCCCAAUGGCUCAAUUAGUUCAUACCAAUAUACCCCAAUUAAUAUGCAACAACAGUUUGUUUCAGCUCCUCCUCCUUCAACACCAAACAUGCAUACUGGUAUGGCUCAACCAAUGCCACCCCAACAACAAAUUCAGCAAUCACCAGUCGAUCCUAUUCGUGCUAAUAAACCACCAUCACAACAAAAUGACUACCGUUAUGGUCCAUAUUAUCCUAUAGCUCAAACAAAUAAUCAAUAUUCCAAAUUGAGAUAGUUUUUAUAUAAUUUCUCUUUCACAUUAAUUUUUUUUUCUUAUUUUAUGAAGUGGUUUGCAAUGUAAAUAUUAUGUUUUAUUUCUGAUGAUCGUUUACAAUAUGGUUUGAAAUCUUUAUUUUUAUUUCAUUAUAAUUUAUUAUGGUUUUUGAUUUACAUGUUUUAUACAAUUUCAUGCAAUGGUAUUUUAAUUCUUGAUUCUUCAUUUCUUAGCGUAAGAUUCGACCAUUCAUCUGUAGUUUUUUUAUAUUUUAUAUUUUAUAU